AUGCCUUACAAGGCAGACCCUACGGAACCUGAAGCUAUCUGGCCCCCUACAGAGUGCAAUGACUGGGAUCAGACAUGGAUCUUUGACAAUAUGGCGCGGAGAGAAGUUCGAAUAGAGUUUGUUCAACAGCUAAAGGAGUUGGCCUGGGUGAUCAUUGACGAAACAACCGUUGGCCAACGUCGACAUGUUGCAGGAGAAAUAGGGGACUGCAGAUCGAAGGAAAGACAAUCACUGGAUGAAGCGAAAGAAGGAAAACAAUCCCUAAAUGCAAAAUCAGAAAUGGAAAAUGAGAUGGUCUAA